UGGAAAAGACGAAUUUAAACUAUUAAAAUCAGUCUAUAUUAGAUAUUUUAAAUAAACUUGAAAAGGCUGAUGACGAAACCGGAUGUUCUCGGUACCAUUUCCGCUAGCUUGACGUGAGUUACUAGCUUGAGGAAGUCGGAGUUAAACUAAAGUUCAGGCCUCUGUAGGUGUGACAGGUGUGAGGAAGCGCGAUGAGCCGCUGCAGGAGGUUCAUGUGGUUCAUCUUACUUCUUUGUGUGAACACAGUGAGCUGCCAGGCUGUCGUCGAGGGUUUCAUCGGAGACAGCGUCCUCCUGCCCUGCGUCUACACGGAAAAAGACCCUCCACCAGAGAAGGUCAACGUCUACUGGAGGGACAGAGACGACAACAUCUUGUUGGACAUCAUCAGCGGCACCCACAAUAUGAAAACCCAGAACGAGAAGUUCAGAGGGCGAGUGAUCAGUCCCCCUGAUCUGAACAGGAAGGGAAACUUCUCCGUCGCCCUGCAGAACGUCCUGGAGGACGACACCGGACUGUACGAGUGCCACAUCCCGGAGGCCGGCGUGGAGCAGAGAGUCCAGCUGACUGUCACAGGAAAACGUGUUGGAGUAUCAGGAUCAGAUCCAGGACCAGCUCCUUCAGAACCACCAGCUGGUAACGCUGCAGUAACACUGACCCCCCCCCUCCUCACUCAGCUGUCUGUCCUGUCAUUGUGCAGUCUGGGCUGGACACAGGUUCACACAUGAACCGUGGAGCUUCAACAGAAACAUCACACACCAGCUGAUGAAGGUUCUGCUCUAAAAACCAAUAAAACAAAACAACUUUAGUUUCAGUGAUAAAACGACUUUCAAGUCACAACUCUCCUUUAAAAAGAAUGAUUACUCACCUCCAUCGUUUCAGCCUCAGCUCCUCACUUCCUGUCUCACCCGAGGUUUCUUUGUGUUUACUGACCAGAGAGAAACAAGAGAACCAGAAUGUUUCCACAGCGAUGACCUGAAGUAACCUGCUGCAGCUCUGCAGUCUGUGCCUUAGUUAAAAUGGCUGCAGUAAGAGUUUACACUACCCCCAAGAUUCACGGUGUUAUAGUCACCUGCAGCAAGUUCCCUGGGUGAUGAGAGACCGACUGAAACAUCAACCGUCCCCUUCAAGUGCUGCUAUGAGGAGUAUAUGUCCUUAGACAUAAAAUAUAUUAAUGUAGUUUCUAUAGGAAUCUAAUUCCAACAUUUUUAGUAGUAAUCCAACCGGUUCUGGUUUUCGGUUUCAUAACCCCCUACUUGUGAGUCAGCCCCUCCUGCCUAUGGUUAACCAGACUCUGAGCUGUUCCCGCCUCACAGUCCCAAACUGUUCCACUUCAGGUUCCUAUUAAAGGCAUUUCUGCCUUUGUUCAGAUCACUACAGUGACAGAGAGGAGAGUCAACCCCCCGCUCUGUUAGUUAUGGAGAGGAGCUCAUGGUAUGUCAUAGUAAGUCAUAAAAUAUGAUGUAGUAAGGCAGGACAUGUGGCCCUGCCUGUCCACUGGGGGGCGCUGUCACCACUAAUGAAAACCACUUAGAAGCUCAGUGUUGAGGUGAAAUCUGAGUGAUUCAGUUUGGAGCAAAACUUCAUUUCAGACGCUUCGAUAGUUUUCAGCGUUUCAGUUACUAAUGAUCAGAUAUUAAGGGCAAAGCUACUUUAUUAUUAUUAUUACAGGGUCUAUGUUUUAUUGUGAUAAUGACAUGUAGAACUGUCACAGGUUAAUCUUAUUUAUUCAUUUUUUUUACUUAUUUAUAAAAGUGCAAAACACCAAAGAAGAAAAUAUUGAAGUGAUAAAACAUUAAUUAAAUUAUGUUUACAGCUGUCAUUAAAUUAUGACAGCUCAGUGUGGUUUAUUGGAUAAUGAAGGAUGAAUCCACGGCUGUGAACUUCAGCCUCUAGUAUAUUUAACACUGAAGACUUCAGUCUGAUUGAAUCUCUGCAACACACUCACAGUUCAUCAUCAGAUUCUUUACGCCUGUUUCACAUGUGUCCAUAGCUGCACUAAAACUACACUUGCAGCUGAUCUGGAUCUGAAUCCUUGCUGCUGGUAUCAAUAACCGAGGUCAUAUUUAUUUAACUGCUGUUUAAUCCUGGUUGAAGGUUUCUGAUACAAGUUCAAUGUAAAGGGUGUGUGUGUGUGUGUGUGUGUGUGUGUGUGUGUGUGUGUUUGUUGUACACACACACACUGCGUGUUGUUGAAAUGAAUUCUGCACUAAACCUAAAACAUCACUCUGGAAACAAACGUUUCAUUUCUCUUUUCAAAGUAAAAGCAGAUGACUGAUUUGACCAUUGUGUUUGAAGCGAGUGUGCUGCUGAGGUCUUUUAUUCUGAAAAGAGUGUGUACUACUGGAGUCUUUUAUUCUGAAAUAAAAAAAAGUUGUACAAA